UUCCUCCUCUGCUUAUUGUUCGCAGCCCAGCGCCCGCCCAGCCGCCGCCCCGCCCGACCCCGCUGCCGCUGUGGGCGAGCUCCUGGGGGAGGGGGCGGAGGCCAGCGCGGACGGGACGGGGCGGGAGUCAUCGCGGCAACGUGCGCGGAGCCGCAGCCGCGCAGACACCGCCCGGGCCGCAGCCAACUUCGCUCCUCGCUGCUGGCUCCGCGUCCCAGUCCAGCUCUGCGGCAGGCAGGAGGAGUCGCUGGAUCGCGACUCCGGAGUUCGCGACUGUCGCCAGGCCUCCCCCAGCGGCGCCGACGCUCCCGCCGUCCAGACGCGCGACCCUGCGCCAGCGCCGCAGCCACCUGCUCCGAGUCCCCGGGCGAGCACAACCAUGCGCCCCACUCCAGCGCUCUCCGCGCUGCUGCUGCCACUGGUGCUGCUACUGUCGCCUCCAUCUCUCUCCCAGGACUCUGGAAGUGGGACUACCACAUCUAUCAAAUCUAGCACUGUCCAGAGCACCCUGGCAGCAACGACUAACAACCCAACAUCAACAAAAGUCACAAUUGCUGUCCCGGUGGCCACUACACUUUCCCCAACCCAGCCAAGCAACCCUACGUCAUCCAAAAGCUCAGUCCAAUCUCCGACGUCUAUUCCGACCACCACCUCAGACUCCAGGAGCGAUACAAGCAGUGCCCCUUCUACUGCAGCUUCCAGUGGCUCUGAGGAGGACAAGACUAAAACAACCUCCCCCAGUAGCACCGCCCCCACUAGCAGCAGCAGUAGUACAGUCUCCUCUGUAGACAAGAGUGGUGACAGUGUCACCAUAGCCCCAAUCACCACUUUGCGGCCAACCAAGCACGUCUCUUCUCAGACUACUGACCUUAACACCUCCUCAAAGCUGCUUUCUACUACCGCCACAGACAGCACAUCAAGCCCUCACCAGUCUGUGGCUUCUCCUUCACAGAGCACAGAGACCCAUGCUGGGGCACAGCACACCCCUACUGCUGUUCCCAGCAGCUCUGGCUCCCUCAGCACUGAGAACUCUACACUCUCAUGGACGCCUACUACACACAAACCACUGGACACCUCUGAAACCACUCAGCCCGUCACCGGCCAGAUGCCAGACAUCACUACAUCGCCUGUCUCCACAACACUACAGUCUACAGGGUCUUCAGUGGGAACUGAGGUCAUGUCUACCACUGAAGAACUCACACACCCCAGCCCUAGUUGGACUUCCAUGGCCCCUCAAGGUCCCAGCACACCCUCUCCCGUCUUGAAUUACAAGCUAAAAUGUGAUCCUCCCAUAGUGCCAGAUGAGGAACUCCUCAUUCUGAACCUCACAAGAGCCAGCCUUUGCGAAAGGAGCCCUUGGAAUGAAAAACUCGUGGAACUGCUGUGUCACUCCGUCAAAGCCCCCUUCAAGCCAGCUGAGGAUUUGUGUACUCUACAGCUGGCCCCUAUUCUAGGCAACCAGGCCGUGGCCGUGAAGAGAAUCAUUAUUGAGACAAAGCUUUCUCCUAAGGCCGUGUAUGAGCUGCUGAAGGACAGAUGGGAUGACCUGACAGAGGCCGGAGUCAGUGACAUGAAGCUGGGGAAGGAAGGACCUCCAGAAGUCAAUGAGGACCGCUUCAGCCUGCCACUCAUCAUCACCAUCGUCUGCAUGGCAUCCUUCCUGCUCCUUGUCGCUGCCCUGUAUGGCUGCUGUCACCAGCGGAUCUCCCAGAGGAAGGACCAGCAACGACUCACAGAGGAGCUGCAGACAGUAGAGAAUGGUUACCAUGACAACCCAACCUUGGAAGUGAUGGAGACUCCUUCCGAGAUGCAGGAGAAGAAGGUGGUCAACCUUAAUGGGGAGCUGGGGGACAGUUGGAUCGUCCCUCUGGACAACUUGACCAAGGAUGACCUAGAUGAGGAGGAAGACACACACCUCUGAUCGGUCUGCCAGCCACCCUGACUGCACUGCAGAGCUCCAGACCACCCAAAGUGCCAUUUGGACAGGGUGGGGAAUCUUCCCACCUGAAGACAGAAAGACUGGGGAGGGAGAAUAGACUCUGAAGGUUGUCUCCCUCCUCCCAAUCCCUAUAGGGCCUUAUUUUCCCUUUUCAAGUUCAACGAAGCCACAUUCUGUCCAGUUCCCUCAUGUAAAAUAACCUACUUGUGCCUGAGCCCAGAGCCGCUGGAAGGCAGGAGGAAGAUGGAGAACGGCAUGUGAGAGGCUCUGGAGCUCCUUUAGGAACGGCACCCUCUCAUCUCAUAAGAUGAUUGAGGCCUUAAGAGGUCAGGUGAUUUGCACAGGACCACACAGCCAUUUGGUGACAAAGGUUGUUUCCCUCAGUCUCGUGCUUAAUUGCAUUAAGACACACUACUGUGUUCAUCUGUACCCAUUCCCCAAGACACAAGACACUUGCAGGUGGGGCAGGCUGGAAAGAAAACCAAGCCUCUACGGUCUCAAGGACAGGUCCCAAAUUUCCAUCUCCUAUAAUAUGGCCUCUUCUACCUAGCUUGUGGUAUCCCACCUCCCAUGAGUUAGUUUUUAGUCCCAUUAUUUCCCAGAGCAUGGCUUUGAACCUCUUGUUCUACAUUCUGAUCUCCUUGCCUUUGCUUAGUGGGAUUGGGACCUAACUCACAGGCCUCUCUAUCUAAUGGGGUCUGCCUAAGCAGUGGUGGGCAGGCAGAAAGAGGGGAAGCUCAUAUUCAGAUGGUUCCCUCAUGGCAGCUGAUUCUGUACUGACACUGGCCUAUCAUUCAAGACACUCCCUACAAGAUACUCCUCAAAAUCUCCCCUGGCCUGCCUUCUGCUCCCACUAGAAACAAAUCUGCAGUAGCUACUGAAAGCAAGAUGUUCCUUUUUCACUGUUCACUGUUCAGUUGGGGUGACUCCUCAAAACCUGGUGUCACAGAGCAGUUUUCUAGGGACAGACAUGUCCUGGGGUCCCGACUGGUCCCUGAAUGGCAGAUGUGUCACAGUAGACAAUCGAUCUAACCUACCAGGCAUUAUUGUUCCACAGGAAGCUCAGGGACUUUUCAAGUUACUGAGAACUUGGGUUGGUGUGUUACAGUGUUGUGUGUGUGUGUGUGUGUGUGUGUGUGUGUGUGUGUGUGUGUGUUUAAUCCAGCUCCCCACUGCCAAAAGGCCAAAGCGCAGAUCCUGGAGACUGUCCGCUGAUUCCAUCGGUUUGCAUCCUCCUUUGCCAUGGAGAAAGGCCCAGAGCAUACAGUUUGAAGAUGCCUUUACCUACUCUCCUAGUGCAGAGCCAGGUUUUUGUUUCCAGUGUUCUUUGUAGCAUCCCAGCUGUCCCACUUCUGAUGGCAUCUCAGGGAAACAUAAAACAAUGCCUCGUACCUAGCACAGGAGUUUUACAGGCUCAGCGAUGUCAAGCAGCCAUGUACAAGGUUGCCGAGGGCCCAGCAUAGUGAUGUUUCAUCUAGUUUCCUGGAAAAGGGGUGAGGGGAACCCUGUAUGGAGCUUUGAAUUAGGCCCAUGGUUUGUUUGUGCUUUGCUUGGGCAUAAGUUCCCAUGUCUCUCUUGUUUGGAGCAGCUUAUUUAAAAAGGGAGCUGGGGGGGGGGGCAGACAGGUGUUCUCUGCCUAAUUCCAUCUUUAUAGCUGUCACUGUGAGAUACAGGCUAGGGAGAAACGGCUGACAACAGUCAGGGAAGGCACUUGGUGAGCUUCACAGGAGCUUGAAAAAAUGCUAACAAGAACUCACAAGCCCCUUGGUCUGCUUCUCUCAGAUUUGCAGGGGAGGGUGGGAAAGCAGUGCCAACAGGAGGAAAAUUAGGUCUGUUUGCUCCCUGCAUUAGGCUCAGUCACCCAGUGGGUUCAUUCUGUCACGGCCUGAGAGGCAGACAAGAUUUCUUCUCCUUUGCUACAGUCAAUGGGGUAAGGCCAUUUGACAGACAGCAAGUGCUCUUUCUGCAAACUGGCCACAAGAUUUCAACCCCACAGCCUGUCAGAUGUGACAGUAAUGUUAGACAGCAGAUACUGUGUUUGGGCUGAAGGAACAGCCAUGGCUCUGCCCAGGCUGGCCCAGUGUUCCUUCUUGUGCACUCGAAUUGUGUGGCCUUUUGGUACAGCUUGAGAAUCUGAUACCUGAUCUUCACUUACUCUACCAUUGGGGCAUCUGUUCAGCUGCUAGCAUCUGUAAGAGUCAUCUUCCUGUGGUCAGUACUGGGUUUUUAGAGCUGUUAAUUCAGAAUCUCAGGACCAGUCUGAGAAAGGGGCGAGGAGGGAAACGGUAGAACCAGCUGUACCAAAGAGAAAUCAGAGCUUUUCACUUCAGUGGCAAAUGGUUUUCCCCAGCUGCAAACCCCAAGGGCCCAAUGGCUAUGACUGAACAAACCCAGCAGCCCUUGUGCUCCCGUGUACAUGGCGAGAGAAGCGCAGAGCAGUCUGCCUGGCAGGACAGGAUCCAGACUCAUCUAGGACACUCACACUUUCUUUCUAUCUUCCCUGAUAGAGCCAGCAAGUGUUUGAGUUUUAUUGGUCUUUUGCCUAUUUUUUAGACAAUACACUGGUGAAACUUUCAAGAGUAAGUUGAAGUUGAUGAGAUCUAUGCAUAUUUUUGACAAUGUAAAUACAGGAGCCACAUGUUUAUUUACCCUGUACUACUUUCAGAGAGUAAACUCUGGGGAAAGACUGGAUAGCUGAGAGAGAUAGCUAAGCCUCCCUGCCCCCUCUGAACAAGAACGUAGAGUCUAUUUAGUAGACAUGACUUUUUAAAAGAUGAAGGACAGAACAAGACAGGCUGGUAGCAAACGUAUUUGCCUUGUAGAUAGGGGAUUUACAAUUUUAAAACACUAUCCUUGCUCCUCCCGCAGCCAAGUCUCAGUCCUACUGCAGUUCAGGUUGGAGCUGAGAAUGGUCUGUGAUGGUCACGGGGAAAGUUGGAGAUGCAGUCCAGUCCUUCUACAGGAAAACACACUUGAAGCCACAAAGCAUCUCCCCAGGGACAGAGACAAGAUGCAAAAAUGCAUCCCAGACUGCCCACCCUGUGCUGCAUGUUCCUCAAGAACAGGGAAUUAAGGACUGCAACUUCUAGGUACAAGGUUAAUACAGGAUACCCUAGUCCUUCCUUGAGGGAGGGGCUGGGAGGACACGGGACACAAACAGCCAUGUGCUGGGCUCUGGAAUCACACGGUCCAAGGUGUAAAUAAACAUUCUGGGGGCUUGGGUUUUGUUUUUUGUUUUUGUUUUUUCUGUCAGGAAAUAAUUUUGAAAACUCCCUGAGGAAUGUCCAGUAGAACGAGGAUCAAAGGGACUAGUGUAGAGGAAGGCAGAGGGGAAGAAGCCCUGUGGAACAGCCUGUGUCACUGUCAGGCGUCUGAGGCUUCCCUCGAGUCUGGAAAACCCACCACUGGCCAGGACCACUGUUUCAUGGGGCCUUCCUUUUUCUUUGUGAAUGUCAACCAGCUUGCCCAGGAGAUUGGGGGAGUGUAUGUUGUAGUGGACAGGGGUCUAAAGUACACUGGAAUUUAUUGAGAGACUAUAGUUAACUAUUGCAUUUUCUUAUAAAGUAUAUUUUGGAAAAUUGUACACUGUCAAUUAAAAUGCUUUUGUGUAAGCUG